AUGGAAAACACGCCUCCCCCUCCUGUCUUAACCGUUAAAAUCCUCAUCCUCAGCUUCCUUAUAGCCAUCACACUCACUCUCGCACUAGCAGCCUGGCUACUAUAUCCAUACCGCUUCCCACGAGCAUUUCCUAGAUUGCCUUUGGAGGACGAUGUUUGGGAUAGGGCGAUUAUGCGUGUGAUUGGUGUGUAUGAUUUUGAGGGACGGGAGAUAGAGAUGGGUAAUAGUGGGAAAGAGGGGGAUGGGUAUGAGGAUGAGGGAGUGGUAGAGGAGAAGAGGGAGGUUGAUAGAGAUGAGGAUGAAGGUGUGGUAGAGGAGGAAGAUAGUGAGGAUGAGAGGGAGGUGAAAAGGAAGAGGUACAGGUACAGGAAUUUGAAUAGGAAGAAGAUGGAGAAGCGGAAGGAGAGGAAGAAGGCGAGUGGGGAAGGCGUGUGA